AUGAUUGCCUUAUCAAACGAAGAACGAUGGCAGAUUUCUGAUACUGAUUCUUCUCUCCAGAUCGCAGUUUUCGCCGCUUUGUUGGCCGUCGCCGUGGCCGAGGACAUGAUGAUGUCCGCUGAGUCCUACCCAGUCGCCACCUACCACGCUGGUCCCGCACUCCACUCCUCAUCCGCUGGCCACGCCUACGGAGCCCACGGAGCACAGAGCCACGGAUACGGAGCCCACGGAGCCUCUCACUACGGAGACCACGGCCGAUACGGAGACAGAGCCCACGCUGCCCAAGCUCACCACAACGUUGGUGGAUAUGGUGCUCACGAUGCCCAUGGUGCUCAUGCUUCCCAGUACGGAAAGUACCGCAACACUGGAGCUUACGCUCAAGAUAAGGGUGCUGGCUACGAAAAGGCAUACGCUUACGACAAGAAGGCCGGCCACCACGCCAUCGCUGCUGACCAUGGUGCCAGGGCUGCCCACUAUGGAGUCCAUGACCGAUCUGCCCACCACAACUUGGGCGGAUAUGCUUCUGCCGGACAUGACCGUUAUGGAGCCCACAACAAGUAUGGAGGAGCCUCUCACGGAGUUGCCUCCCACGCCAACUCUGCCUACGGACGAUAUGGCUCCGGACACGCCCAGAUGCACCACGCUGCCCCAGCUGUCCACACCACUUACCACCACGCCCCAGCACCAGCCUACCACGCUGCUGCCCCAUCUUACCAUCAUGCCCCCGCCCCAGUCCAUCAUGGAUACAGCCGAUAUUAGAAUAUUUUUAAUGAAUUGUUUUUCCUGUCCUCGAACAAUAGACCUCUUGCCGCACAAAAACUUCUAAAAUAAAACUCCCCGUUGUUGGAAAUGACGACACUCCUGUUAUUUAUUGAAAGCAUUUUGUGUUUAGUCCGAU